CUUUCCGCAUACGUCAUUCGGUGCUUCCGACUUCUUAGCUAACCCGACCGUGGUGUUCUUUAUAUUAGACGUUAUAAAACUCGUUGUGUCGCCUCGUAUUACUUCCCGAGCAUACCAUGUAGACGCCAAAGGGCCCCAGCAACGCCGACAGGUUGGAAUAUUAAGACGCGCUUGUCCGAGGCGACGCUAACGCCGAGAGACGCUAUGUCAACAACGCGGCCCCUUCUCGGUAUGAAGCGAGUCACCGAGCUCACGUGCAUCGAGCAGCCGACCAGCAGCCUUUCCGCCUCGGCUGCGAGGCAACAGCAAGACACCCCCACGGUGGACGAGUUUACGGUCCUGGAGAAUAAGGAAGACGAACUGAAAUGUGCCCGACCCCGAGUGGAGCACGUUUUCAAAGUGACGUUCACGAUUAUCGGGCUGUUAGACCACACGGGACAAGCACACGGUAGCACGCGUCAGAUAUGGCUACAGCUCAGAGGAAACACUGACGACGUUUCGAAAGCAAAGGAGUAUGUCAGGGGACUGUGUGACCCAGAGCUGCAGAAAGAAGAGCGCUACCCAGUGGACAUGCACUGUAUUUUUGCCGGAGCCCGGGGACUCUUCCUGGAUAAACUCAUACGGGAUACAAGCGCUGAGGUUUUGGUUCCUGAGCCAGGACGCCUGCGCUUGUUGGGCCGCGCUGAGCCUGUUGUGAUGGCACAAAGCAGGGUUCAGCAGUUCGUGGCACUUUUCCAGGAAAAGCGAAGUCUACUGAGUGACAGAGAGCAGGUAGUGAAACGAGCAUUCAAAUCCUUUGUGGAGGAAAGGGAUGAUAAGUACACCAUGGAGCUUCUUCUACUACCCAGUGCGCUGAAAGAAGAGUUACUGGGACUGGUUCACAGUCCUACCAGCUCACACACACCACUGAACCUGCAUCCCAGCAUGGCGGAGUUUGAGCAAGACCGCUCACAGAGUAGCACCCCUGUGACAGAGCUUUCUAAUCGCAUCCUUGACACCAGCUUUGAGGACAGAGGGACACGGACGACAUCUUUUGGCGAUAGCGCCGGAAAAGCAGUAGGCGGCAUCUGUUUGGGUCCCGAGGCCAUCCUGCUGAAUGGCAUCAGGCCAUCGCACAAGCGGCGCUCUUCUGAGAGCGAAACUCGGGACACUAAGAGACAGUACUCUCUAGAGCGGAGAGAUGAGUCCCCAGAGAGGUCGAGGGAUAGGGAGCGACACCGGGACAGAGAAGGCCACGGGGCCGGUAGUGGUUAUCGAGCCAAAAACACAUCUGCUUCGUGCACAAUCUCCUCAUCCUCUUCCACUAAAGCAAACACAGUUGCUGGUCCAAUCCUGCUGGACCCUUGUGAGGGUAUCGCAGACGAAAGCGAGGCAGUCAGCCCAGAAACCAACCUCCGUUGUUUGGUCAAUUUCUUCAGAACCAUGGGUUAUCAGCAGGAUGUGGUCGAGCGUGUCAUCAAGGAUACGGGACAAACAGAAGACACCUUCCUUAUUCUUGAAAAAAUUGUGGCAGAAACAAACAGUUGUGAGGAGGAAACAAAAAGAGGAAUAAAAGAAACCAAACUGAACAAUGUGCGCUCCUCCGACUUUCCCGCGGCUUCCUCAACGACCUCCUCUCUAGCCAUCGAGGGGGAAAGGGAGCGGGAUCCAGGGCGGUCCAAAGAAAAUAUUAAGCCCAACCAUCACGGAGCCAGUAGUAAUGGAUUUGGCCACCGGAGGCAUUGCAGUGGCAGCGAAACCAACACUCAACAGGCUAUUACCAUCAAGAGGAGCUCUAGUGCCCAAGGAGGAGCGGGGAACUACGAGGUGAUUACCAUUGACGAUGACGACGACGUCGGCGUAACAAACAGCAAAACAGCCGAUACUCGGACAUCAAGGAUGACGAUGGCACACGCUGACACCCAGACCGGAUCCAGAACAGACUACUUGGCACGGGGAGGUGGGAGCGUUUCACAUCGGGAUCACCUGUCGAGAGGUGGGACUCGGACUUUGGGUGGAUCAGUGAAAGUUGAGAGUGUGACUGCACUGCGCAGUACACCCCAGUGGCUGACGGCCAGCACCGCCUGUGUGGCUUCCGCACCCAAUUCGGCCCUGACCACAAGCCGUUCCUCUGCCUACCAGACCCUCGGCCACUUCGGCUUUCACGGCAGCGGAGCCAGGAGUCCUCCAUCAAGCAACCCACCCGCGCCCCCUGUGACUGGUUUGGCCCGUUUUCACCAAUCAUUGAAGACUCCGUAUAGACUGAAGCUACCCAAUGAGCCGGGACGACCGGAACUCCGCCACAUCAUCAUAGAUGGCAGCAAUGUGGCAAUGGCUCACGGCCUAAAUCGGUUCUUCUCCUGUCGAGGGAUAGCGCUCGCAGUGGAGACAUUUUGGAGGCGGGGCCACAGGGAGAUCACUGUAUUUGUUCCUCAGUGGCGCCAGAAGAGAGACCCAUUCACAACAGAACAACAUUUCUUAAAUCAACUAGAAGACUUGCGGCUGCUCUCUUUCACCCCCUCCAGAGAAGUCUGUGGCAAAAGGAUAGCCUCGCAUGACGACAGAUUCCUGCUCCACUUAGCGGAAAAAACAGACGGUGUCAUUGUAACAAACGACAACCUGCGAGACUUUGUCAACUCUUCAGACACGUGGCGCAGAAUCAUUCAGGAGAGGUUACUCCAGUUUACUUUUGUGGAAGACCACUUCAUGAUCCCUGAUGACCCUUUGGGGAAAAACGGACCUCAUCUGGACAUCUUCCUUCGUAAAAUCAACAGGCAUCUUCCUUUGGCCCCUCCCCCUCUGAGGCCCCCCGACCUGCGUCCAUCCAACAACCAGCAGCAUCCAGUCUACGUGCAGGCCAUCCACUCCACUCCGCGGACCCCAGCCGUCGCACCCCAGCCUCCGUCGUCCCUCGUGCCCCAACCCAGUGCGCAGUGGCCCCACCCGGGCCGACGCCGCACCGCCUCUCCCUCGCCGUCGCCCCCUUCCCAGCGCUCACCGGGGGAGACGUCCGAGCUGAAGAGGCAGCUGUGCGUGAUUUUCCCGGACCAGAAGCAACAGAUUGAUCGCAUCCUCAGCGACAACCCGUACAUGAGAGACUUAAACGCCCUGUCAGGGCUGCUUCUGGGAUGAUUCACUGGCCCAACAACCAGACUUCAUACACGCACACUUUAGAACGCAUAACACAAAAUGACAGUUGUUUUUAAGCACAUUCAAAAAAAAAAAACUUACAGUACAGUCUAUCAUUUGAAAACAGGGCAGUUGUGAAGAAAACAUACAUUUUUGUAUAUAUUCAAAAUACAUAAUAGAGUUGCCAAAAAUAAAACAACAUAGUUUGCAAAUAAUGGGCCCAUUAGCAUCACUUCAAAAUGUAUAUGUGGACAUCAUACUUUAUACACUACAAGGACACCUUCAAAUUCAUGGAAAUAACCACCGACAUUCUCUUUUCCAUUUGCUUAUAUGGGUUUGGUUUGCAGCCUUAACAUUGGGAAGGAUGUGGCCGUCAACGUUUGCCGCUUUUAUUCUUUAACCCUCUCGUAUCUUGCCAAUGUUUUUGAUAUGAGUGUUCAAAAUUCAAGCUCUGAAUCUAAAGUUGUUGCACUCUGGUCAAAUGUGUUCCUAGGAUCACUUUUUUUUUUAGGAUUCUGAGGUUAACGGUGUUGGUUGUUUUGGAGCCACUUAACACAUUCGCUGCCAUUGACUGCUUUAGAAGUCAAAUAUCUGUUAACUGGGAAGGCUCGCAGUGAAUGGGUGUUAACUGCUUUAGUCACUCCAUCUUGUUUUUAAACACUACGCUCAGUUGUGUAGCUAGCUUUUGUUGGAUUAUGUUAAAAAAAUUGCAGUCACAAAGCAGAACUGCAUAGUUUGUUUUCAAUGUACUUUUGUAACAAUGAAAGAUGUACAUAGGUUCUCUUUAUUCAUGUUAAAAUGCUAAAUUGCAGGCAUUUGAGCAAUUGCUCCUUGUGUUUCUUUCACCCUCCAAGCAGAAUGUGGACAGGAAGUUUCCCCUGCAUGCAUAUGUGAUCUGUGCAUCAGUUGUGUAACAUACCAACGCAAAUAUGUAUAAAAACAAAUGUGUUGUUCACCAUGUAGUUGUAAGCAUUGCUGAAGGAUUUUCUUUUGCUGUAUUAUAUUUUUCUUGUGUAUUUUAUUGUUUUGUAAAUCUGAUUAUUUUUGGAUGUGGUUUUAUGUAUGCGAAGAAGCUAAAUAAAUGCCACAGUCCACAGUUAGCUUCUGAGCUACUCCACUUUUCUUUUUUUGAAGGGUGCUGUGAUGGCUAAGGUACAGGUCCAACCUCUUGCAGCGGUAGCUUCAAUUUCUUGAGCUUUAUUGAUUGUACAGAAUGCCAACAGGAGAAUGUAAAUAAUCAUUUCCUUGCAGGAUCAAUAAAGAAUAUUGCUAUCAUAUGUA